AUGGGUUUAUCAAUCUCAAAACUGCUUACUCAAUUCCUCGGAAAGAAGAAUGUCCGAAUUUUAAUGGUGGGGCUCGAUGCUGCUGGCAAGACUACCAUCUUAUACAAAAUGAAGUUAGGUGAAAUAGUUACAACUAUUCCCACAAUUGGUUUCAACGUUGAGUCAGUUGAAUAUCGCAACCUUAAUUUCACUGUGUGGGAUGUCGGUGGCCAAGAUAAGAUUCGUCCUCUCUGGCGUCAUUAUUUCCAGAAUACACAAGGUCUAAUCUUUGUGGUUGACAGCAACGAUCGAGAUCGCAUCGGCGAGGCGGCCGAAGAGCUUCAGAGGAUGCUUUCUGAGGAAGAACUUGCCAGUGCUGUUGUUCUUGUUUUUGCCAAUAAGCAAGAUCUUCCCAACGCCAUGAGCACUCCUGAAGUUAGCGAUAAGUUGAAGCUCCACAGUCUCCGUAAUCGGGAGUGGCAUAUUCAAAGUUCCUGUGCAACAACUGGAGAUGGUCUUUAUGAGGGCAUGGAUUGGCUUUGUGAUAAGCUAGGCAAGAGAUCCUAA